AUGCCGCUCAUCAAGUCGCUCAGCAAGGUGCUGAAAAAACUCGCCAAACAGUCGUCGGGCUCGCUUCACGUCAAAGGUAGAAAAUUCAAACAGCUCAACCGAGCCACGGAAAGAGAGCACAAAAUCAAGGCUAAGAAGGCCCAGUUUGCCGAGCAGAAAAACCACGAGCUUCUUUUCUACCUCCACUUGCAGGAAACGCUAAACGAGCAGCCCGAGAAAGCCAGCUAUGACGUGCCGGAAAUGAGGGCCAUUUUGGAGGGUUACAUCAGUAGGAACGACGCCGAAAUCGCCCAGAUGGAUAGCGAAAGAAGGCCCGGCAGACCCAUGUCGAACAGACACCAGAUCAUGAUCGAGAAGCGCAAACACGACCGCCACUUGUUUGUCACGGGCUUCCGCAUGCCGGAUCUUUCGGACGAGGACACCACCAGAAGACUCCGCAACUGGAACGGCACGAGCGGCUCGCUGUCCGCUUGGAAAUUCACCUUGGUGACUGAGCUGCCGCACGAGGCCCCAGACGCCAUGGACUAA